AUGAAAUUCUCCGCCAGUGCCUUGCUUUUAUUGGCUUCUACCACUGCCUCAUUAGCCAAGAACAUCUUGAUGUCCAACGAUGACGGCUGGGCAACCGCCAACAUCCGUGCCUUCUACUACAAAUUGAAAGAAGCUGGCCACAAUGUCUACAUCGUCGCUCCUGUCACCGAUAUGUCUGGUCACGGUGGUCAAUUCGACCUCCCAGAGUCCUCCACCUUGGAAACCGAUGGUGAGUACGGCUACCCCGCUGCAGGUGCUCCUAUGUACGGCCAUGAAGUUGACGAUGAUCACGUGUUCUAUUUCAACGGUACUCCUGCAUCCUGUGUUGCCUUUGCCUUUGACUACAUUCUUCCAACAUAUGCCGACAACAUCACCAUUGACAUGGUUGUAGCAGGAAAUAACUAUGCACAGAAUUAUGGGGGAUAUUUCUCUCUAUCAGGGACCAUGGGGGCCACCAUUGAAGCUGUGUACAGAGGAUACCCGGCUAUUGCAUUUUCUGCGUGGAGUUGGAACAACACUUUUUACAAAGACGGCUUAGAUUUGAACGACAACUUGUUGGAGUCCACCAUUGUGGCCGAGAAGGCAACCGAGUUGGUCAACCAGAUCUUCGAGUCCCAGGGUGAAAACCCAAGAGCUAUGGGGUUGGGUGUUGGUUUGAACGUUAAUUUCCCAGCUGUAGGUUACGACAACGAAAGCUGCACCAAUCCAAACUGGGUCUUCACCAGAAUUGCCGGCAGCGGUGCCAAGGGCGCCGAGUUGGUCUUUGACGAAAAGACUCAAACCGUGGGAUGGGCCGAUGACAGAUUGGAAGAAGGUAUGCAACCAUGCUACAACGGUGACUGCACUUUGCCAACCGAAAAUUUCAUCCUCGGACAAAACUUGUGUAACGCUACCAUUUCUGCCUUCUCCGUCGACUGGGAUGCCAACUUGGUCUUGACCGAACAAGCCAAGGCUUUGGUCCAACCACUUUUGGGUUGA